AAACGUAAUGCGAUAAUGUACGGCACAUUCGGCGGAAAGGUGGACUGGACGCGGUGCCACUUCGAGAUCAAGCCACCGGACUCCAUCACCGGGGUGAGACACUUCCUUGUAGGCAACGCGAACGACAAGGGGGUGAUGAGGAACAUACUGGUCACGACAGAAGAAUACGGCGAGUUCUCAUUCCAAGAAGAUGUCCCUGACCAGUGGCUGAUGCUGCGGAACCUGGUACUUCUCCGUGAUUGCGGGACAGGAGAAGUAGUGGUAUUCACCAGAUCUCCUCACAUGACGAAAAUAGAAGAUAUCGUGCAAGCGCUGCAGGAUUUGGGGGAGGAAAUGGUAGGCAAGAUGCUGUGUGAUGAGGACGAGGAUUGGUUAGACGACAUGCCUUAA